UUUUUGUCAAGGUUAAAGUGUGCCGUGGCUCAAAAAAGGUUGAAAAACACUGUAUUAGAGCAAAUCAAAUCUAAAACCAGAGAAUUAUCAGAAUAAACCAAUAUUUAAGCUUAAGGAGAAACCUAAUAUCGACUAAUAUAUGUAUAGUACAUACUGUAUUUAUUAUGUUUAAUUAAAAAUCUUAGAUUUGCUCAAAGUGGUUUUCUGAAAGAGGAUCCUAAGGUCCAUCCAUACCAAGUUUGGUGCGUGUACCUUAAAAUGCAGAAUUCUAAGGUAGUUUGGGUCUUCAAGGAAGGCAGUAAAGUGCUUUAUAAGUACACACCACUUGUUGACACCAAUGUCUUUUGUCUAAAUGAGGCUAAAACUCCUGUUUGUUCUCCAGAUGGCUCUUCUGCUCAGCCACAUCAGGUGGUUGCAGUUGUUGGUGACGCCGUCACGCUGCCCUGCAGCUUAGAGGACAGAACCAGGUUUGAUGACAGUCCAACGGUGGAGUGGACGAGGGCCGACCUGGAUCCCAAGGCUGCUCUGGUGUACCGGGACAACUCUGAGGUCUUUGAGAUGAAACACCAGCGCUUUGAGUUCCGGACCAGCCUGUUCCACAGUGAGGUCAAAGACGGAAACGUGUCUUUGAGGAUCUCCAACGUCCAGCUGUCUGACGCUGGGAUGUUCUACUGCCUGAAGAUCCCAAAGGAAGAAGGCAGACUCCGGAUGGAGAACUCCACGGUGGAGCUGGUUGUUGUUUCAGCGUUUGACCCAAAGAUCACAGGGAUCUGGUUUGGCAGUAACUAUGUGGUCAUGGAGUGUGAAGCGAGAAACUGGCGGCCAAAGCCUCAGAUGAAGAUCCUGGACGAACAGGGGAGAGCUUUGACUGGAGAAAAGGCACAGACAGAAGAUCCAGGAGGAGUUUUCACCAUAAGGCAGAGAGUCACACUCCAACGUUCAGCUGACAGUCACAGGAUCGUCUGCAGAGUGGAGCUCCCACGUUUCAACCACAGCAGGACCACGCAGAUCCUCAUUUCAGAUGACCAAAUGGGUCAGAGAGUCCAGUGGUUUGCAGUUGACUGCCUGCGUUCCUAUUUCACCAUCGCCGGCAUCUGUGCCAUGAUUUUAUUAACUUUCUUUGGUUUCUUUCUGUGGAGGAGGAAGCUGCACCGAUACGCAUCACUUUCGGGGCUCCAGUUCCGUUGAUGGUCCAGGUGAACACCCAGGUGUUUAUGCGCCUCCACUUCUUCUGGAAAAGGGUUUGACAUGUUGCUUUACCUCAGUCUGCUUUGUAUGUUUUACAUUCAGAAUCAGAUGAUUAUCUCUGCACAAUGUCAGAAUGUGGUCCAGCUGUUGUCUCCACUCAGCCUCGUAUUCAUCUCUGACACAUCAGACGACUGUUAAGUAAUCUGAGUACUUCUGCAGACUUUGUUGUUAUGGACAGAAUCUUCAGGGCCCAGUAAUUCUCUUGUUAAAAGUCUAAAUGUGUGCUGCAUUUAAAUACAAAGACGUGUGAGAUAUAAAACUAACCUCUGAGAAUAAUAUUUUUGAUAUAAAAAGAACACUCCUUGUGCUAACAGAUAUUCAGACAUUGAUGAUGUUAAGGCCACAGCCAGAUUUUGCGCAAAUUGCACAAAUGAAAAUUCGUCGUACAUGAAAAUACGUGGAAAGCAAGAAAAGUUGUGGACAUGAAAAUUUCCCAAAUAUAUCUCCAAUGAACUACAUUAAAACCACAGAAGAAGUACAAAUAAACCACGCAAAGAACAUCUAAACCGUUUUUUUAUUGAAUUUCUUCCCGUUGACGUUCAGAGCCCUGCACAGAAAUCCAAUCUGGUCAGCACCAUGGUCAGCUCCUGCCGCGGCGCAGAGGUUAGCGCUCUCGCCUCAAAUCCUAGCUGGGUUCUCCCUAUGUGGAGCUUGCAUGUUCUCCUUGUACAUGUGUGGGUUUUCUGUGGGAACUCCAGCCUCCCCCACUGCCCAAAAACAUGCUCCAUAACGUCGUUAAGGAUUCUAAACGGCGAACCCCGUUUUUGCUCACAAGUAGCUGGGAUGGCUCCACUAGCCCCAUGACCCCAUAAUGGACUCAAAGGAUUCAGGAUAUGGAUGGAUGGAUAAUGUAUCAAGAAAUAAGAAAACUUGAUCCAUUUGUGUCAUUUAGAGUUUUAAAAACAUCAGGGACGAUAUAUUUACCUGAUGUUUCAAGAUCAUGUAGAAUUCAUGCAGAUAAGGCACCUUAACUUUAUAUAAAAAAAUGUUUUGAUGGUUGAGGUUUAAUCUGACAAAGAUGAAUCUUUUCUUUUCCUCCCAAUUCUUUUGUACAUGUGUUACGUUCAUAAAUGUUUGUUAUUUUAUGGAUGGAUCAUAAAGCUAUUGUCAUUUUUUUGUGAAUUGUUUUUUUUUUUGUUCCUUCUUAUUACCAAAGGGCUAUUUUUAGUUUUUUUUUUAAUUCCACUUUUUAAGUUAAUUCACAAAGUGUCUCUUUACAGGUCAGUGAGUUUUUUUUUUAAACUGUUAGAACUGUAUAAGCUUUAAAUGUGAUCAAAAAAGAUCCUUUCAUGUUCUGGUAGAAAGACUUCUACAAUCAUGCUGUGAUGUCUUAAUGAAUAUCAAAAUACAAACAGUUCAGUUGGAAGUAUUUCUUGAAUGCUGCACUUUAUUCAAUAAACCUUCUUUUCUCACUGCA